AUGAACCAUGGCAACAUACAACAACUACUGACACCACCAGAACAAUUUGGCAUUGUCGAGCCUGGCAUCUAUCGCUCGGAUAUGCUGCAACCUUUACACUUCCCCUUUAUUAAGGCGAUCAACUUCAAAACAGUCGUCAUGUUGAGUCCCGAAAUGCCCAAUCGAGUCACUUCCAAUCUUAUGGACGAAUGUGGCAUGAAGCUGGUUCAUCUUGGUAUGGCUACAUGGAAGCCAACACAGCCCUCCACGUGGCGACCCGUAUCCGAGGAAUUGAUCAAGGAAGGUCUCGAACUUAUUCUCAACAAAGAAACGCAUCCAGUUCUUAUCAUGUGCACAUCUGGUAUCCAUGAAUCAGGCACACUUGUUGGAUGCUUACGGAAAUUGGAAGGAUGGAAUUUUAGUUCGAUCAUCACCGAGUAUCGCGCCUAUGCAGGAACCAAGGCACGUUAUGUCAAUGAGCAAUUCAUUGAAUUAUUCGACCUGGAUUUAGUCACUCUUCCACCCAACCUCCCUGACUGGUUGGUUGAUCAGCAAAACAUGUUGGCUGAAGAAAUGGCCGAGCACGAAAAAGAUGCUGCCGAUGGCUUGUAA